CUCAGGUCGUCUAAUGAAUCAUGUACCUUUACCUACCUACCUACCUACCUAGGUAGGUAGGGCCAGCCGAGACCACGUGACUAACAAGUGUUGUGUCGGUCCUUCCGUUCGCAUGCUGCACUAAGAAAGCAUCUGCCUACCUACCUACCUUAUGAAGGUCUUCUGGGUUACUGUGCUACACCUACAUCAACUUUCAAGGAAGCGACCCAGGGGUGCUUCUAUGAGCCUCUCAUCACUUGCUACAAGUUCACUCUCUCCCAUCCUUUCCACCUAGGGAGGAACAAGUCUCCAAUGACCCGGGCUCGAUACUAUCAACACUAACGAAGAGGCCAGGGGGCCAACUGCUAGAAUUGCCAAGCAUGGCAAGCGAUCAUGGCUGCAGCGACGACGACCUUGCAGGCCUCUCUAUCCACGAGGUCGCCCACCUCUUUGCUCGCCAGUUCCCAAGAAAGCGAUUCGUCGUGGAACCGCUGCAAUGGACUGCGAGCCAUCUCUUUUUCUUACGCUGCGCUUUCGUCGAAGUCACACCCAUCGCGUCGCCGAGCGAGCCUGGGCCCUCCAACAAAAAGCCUUGGGCUCCGACCAAAAAAAUCACACGCAAGCAGGCGUUCCAGUGGGUUGCUGAUUGUAACCACUCAGUGCUUUCUCCAGUCAUUCCACUUCGAAGCCUUUUGGAAGCCUAUUCUUUCAAAUGUGUCCAAGACUGCCCGCUCGUCUUCUGCUUCAACAAGCACAGAAUCCUACUACCCUGUGAAAUGGUCUGCACUGGUCCGCACCGGAAGUCUUGGAAGCAGAAUCACUGUCGUAUUGCGUCCUCGCAAAUUCACACGGCUAUUGAGGGACCCCGCGACAGGAAGUUUAGCCCGCGGCAACUCGAAAUGCUAGGAAUCCUUCCAGAAAACCCGCAUGUUGAUCCAUACAUUACGGCGCUUUUGAUUGCCGAGGCUCAUCAAAGCCAGGCAGGGAGCACAACUUUAUCUUAA